AAUAGGCUUCUCAUUUCUGGAAAGCAGCAAGAAACAACAGCAAGAGGUAGAAGACAAAACUACACCUCUUCCCAGCCCACAUGCAGAAAACCGAGAAUAUGUUCUAUCACUAUUCAUCAGGUCUUGAAGGGCCAUUGAUGUCACUCACUGCACAGGAAGAUAUGUUUGGCGCUACAUCCAUACAGCUUGGUCUUUCUUCGUAUGGGUGCCUGUAUCCCUAAAGAGAUAUCUCCAGCACCCCUGAGUGUAGACAGUUUACUGUCGGCACAAAACAGCUUGGAGACUGACAGCCGGGAAGCCGAUGAAAUGCUGAAAGCUUGCUUAGACCAUGCCCUCCAAGAGUUCCCUCGUGAACCACGUGGUCUCCGUGACAAUGCCACCUUGACCAUUCAUGUGAAGGGCAGGAAAAGGAUGGAGUUUGUCUCUGGUAGGGGAGAAAAUAAGAUAGCGGUCUGUUGGUUCAAGAGAAAAACUCACUAUAACACUGAGAUCUGUAAUCUGGAGGUGUACUUGGAUCGAUUGUCAUUCUCUCCACCUUCACUGACCAUUGAGAGCUUGGAAAAGGUAAAACAGGAACUUAUUAAAUGGUCUGAUGCAACGAAGGAACUCCGUGCUUGCCUGGAUGUUGCCAUAACAGAGGUUGGGAAGGAACCAUCAUCAGUGAAGAAUGAUGCUGAACUAACCAUUGAAUGCAAUGGUUUCUGCUUGGAUUUUAUUUCUGGGAAGGGAAGGUCUCAUAUUUACAUUCUGUUUUCUGAUAAGCUGCCACGGUACAGAGUCCGAGUUGCCUCUGUGGAUGUCUACCUAGACAGGUUGAAGUGCCGUGCAAUGCCACUUACAACAGAGAACUUGCUGAAGGUGUGGAAAGAAGUAGAAAACCUGAAAGGAUGUACAGCGGACCUCCGAGCCUGCCUCAAGCGAGCUUUGCAGGAGUUUAAUGCCUUGCCACCACAACAUCGGGGUAAUGCCACCAUCUUUAUUGACUGCGAUGGGAAAAACUUUAAGAUGGUUUCUGGUCAUGGAGAGAGCUGGAUCUCUGUCUUCAACAUUCUUGGAGAUCAGCAUUGCCGCAGAGAAGUUGUUCUGGCGUUGGGAGAGACAGGAUCAUCCAGCAGAGUAACAGCAUCUUCCGGUGGGAAACGUGGGAAAGAAGGAGCAGCAUUUCGUGCGAAAAGAUCAGAAGGAAGAAGAGAUGCAGAGGAAGGUCCAUCUACUCAGGCAAGGAGAACUUCCAACAAGUCAAAUGAGCUGAUGGAUGAAAAAAUGUCUAAGAGAUGGCCCUCCAAUGUGGUUAGGAUAGAGGAAUUUGCAGCAAAUAGAAGGAAAGGGGAGGAAGAAACAACAUCAUUUGGAGGGAGAACAUUUUCUAGCGGGAAAUGGGCGGAUACAAAACUCUCAAAUAGUUCCAGGGUACUGGAAAGAGACUCUUUUCUUCGGUCAACUAUAUUGUCAUCUAAUAAGAGGAUAAAAUUGUCCAAUGAUGUUGAACAAGAAAGAGAACUUUCUGGGCCACUGAGUUUAUCCGGUGAAACAGCAAAAGAAGAAGUAUUGGUCCAUGGAAAGAGUGAGGAAACAGAGAAAGAUGUGGGGCCAUCCAAUAGAUCAAGUGACAGAGAAAAAGCAAAUCAAAAGAAUGAAGAGGAGGCAGGACGAGACCCACCAGAUGUAUUAGAGAUAUCUUCAGAUAGUCAACAGGGAGAUGAUGGUCCAGAAAGGUGACUCAUCUGGAGGGCGAUGGAGCAUGAUGUGGCCAUUCCAGAGCAAGACAAAAGCCAGUUCUUGGACUGGGAUGGAGAUGGAUUUUUCCCAGGAACAGACAUUUUUUCCAGAUCAAGUAGCUGUGGGGCUGGUCCAUGAAAGGAAAGAAAGGAUUCCAAAUAAAUGAUCUAUAGACCUGAA